UUCCGCACUUGCUGUCUUUCACUCUAACACUCCGCAAAAAGACCAAAAUCAUGCCAUGUGUAUAGCGAAGUGCAGCCCGUUUCAUUACAGCGUUGCGGUGUCAGGGAGGGCUGUCAUCUUUAGAUGACCAUCUAUACGAGCUUAAGAUAAAGGAUUGAAAAACUACAAGUGUAGCGAGUGUGUAGGAGGCAGAUUUAUUAAGAAAGGGUUAGGCUCCUAACAGAAGGCCAUUGGUGUAAACGUUGCAGUGUAAGUGAGCCCUACUCAGAGAGGUAUCCUGGACAUCAGGAGCCAAGGAAUACCACAAAGUCACACCACACAAAGACCUCACAUAAGAGAUUGGACAGGGAAAACCAGAAGCAGGAGGGAACUGAGCAGAAGGCAUUCUUGGGGGCAGAGCCUUCCAAGGUUGCCUGGGAUUGGCGGGCUUAUGUGACCUGGUUUUGAAAGCUCGGGAUUGGUGGGCUUUCUUUGCCCUUUAUCCUACAAUUGGAUCAGAAACAUAGAUUCAUUCUAUAACUAAUAUCCUUUGUCAUACCCAGAUCAGCACAGAGUUCCAGAGUCAGUUGUCCUUGGACUUACUGUUAUUAAAAUCAAAAUGUCCUCCUCAAGGUUAGAUAUGAAUGGGCUCACACCUUCUCAUGUGUCUGAAUGCUUGGUCUCUCUCGGGGAUGCUGUCUGGGGAAGUCAUAAAACCCCAGGACCAUGGAAAGCAGCAGGAGAAAUUGGGUGACGAGAUGCAGUAAGGGCCUGCCAAAAGCACAUAACCAACUACUUCAGAUCCGUCUUUCCAAGUCACUGGUUUCUCCAACUGCCAUCCCUCCCUGUCUCUGAGAGUCUGAAGGAGAGAAUACCUUUCAUCCUUUCAACUACAACUUUUGUGUGUGUGUGUGUGUGUGUGUGUGUGUGUGUUUCUUUAUUUUUCUCCAUCUUUAUUAAAUUGGGUAUUUCUUAUCUACAUUUCAACUGUUAUUCCUUUUCCCAGUUUCCAGGUCAACAUCCCCCUAACCUCCCCUCCCCUUCUAUCUGGGUGUUCCCCUCCCCAUCUUCCCCCCAUUACUGUGCUCCCUCCAACAAUCCUGUUCACUGGGAUUUGUUCACAGCCAUGACAAAAGUUACACAGUCCCUUCCUGUGAAGUCACCAAUAAAUAAAUAAAUAAUAACCCUUUGAGAAGUGAUUAAAAUUUUUUAUUGAAGAUUUUUCAUGGAAGUACACAGUGAACGGAGAUCGUUUUCAUGAGCCCCGUUGCAUUGCAGCUGCUUUUGGCCUGUGCCAGAAAGUUCUCAUUUCAGUUAAGGUUCUACUUACGAUCCACAGCUCUAGUUAGACUAACCAUUACCUCUGGGACUGGCAUGUUACAGACAGCAAUCCCUGUAUCUAUUUCUACUUCAGAAAAUAACAAUAUGUCAUUCUUGUGGCUGAGCCUGGGUGACCCUUCAUGAAUGUUGCCAAUGAGUUUCCAUAUGGAAACUGUGAACAGUCCUGCUGAACUGUGGACCUCGCUGUGAACAUGAAGCAUCAACUUGGUCAUGUAGAACUUUGUGUGCGAUACCGAGGAAUCUCAUCAUUUCAGUACACAUGGUUAUUCAUUAAGGACAUUGGCUUGUACUCUCUCUGUCUCUGUAUUUGUGUCUGUGUCUCUGUGUCUGUGUCUCUGUCUCUCUCCCAGAGUGUGUAUGUGUGUUGUUGUUGUUGUUGUUGUUGCUGCUGCUGCUGCUGCUGAUUCUGCUGCUGCUGCUGCUGCUGCUACGGUUUUCACACCAGGGUAAUACUGGCUUUAUAGACCAAGUUUGGAAUGAGCUUUUCUUGUCUCUUUGGAGAAGCAGCUUGAAGAUCAUCAGUCUCCACUCUAAGGCCAGUAGAUCAUCUCGUGGUGAUCCCAUUCCCCACCUGUUACAGUGGUGGACUUGGAGAAGGAAAUCCCAUGCAUGGAUUUCUGCGAUGCAAAUUUACCACCAGCAUCCAGACAAACUGGUUCCAGGCUGUCCAUAUCUACCAUUGUGGACUCUAUGUGUUGUUUAGGCCAAAAGGCCGAAGAAACUCUGGGACUCAUAGGAGCAAAUAGGCUUCAUGAUGUCCUGACAAAAAAUAAUAUGUUCAACAGGAAAAAAAUUGUUGGGAACAUCCUUGGAGAAAUAAGGCAUGUUCCAAAGAUUUGUUCUGCCAAGAGUCCUGCAGGUCCUGACAACCUCGCUUCCGCCCUUUGGAGGAGAGAGAGUGAUCCUGCCUUGUCCAUGUCCGUGGCAUCUGACACCCACAAAUGGCAAGGGGAGAGCUCCUCUAGGUGCUUCUCUCCAGAUUUAGACGAGAUGCUGGAGAUCAGCUGGCUGUGGAAGUCUGCCCAACAGUGCUAUGCUGAGGAGGCCUACAACAGCCACAAAAAUUCUGAGGAGGCAGAGAGCACUGUCUCAUUGAGUGACUCCUCUGAGGAUGACCUGUCCUACCUGGAGGAUAUCAUUCCCGACUCUAACUCGGACUCACAGCACGCUGGUGUGGGGGUAGGGACCAAGAAGACCAACAGUACCAUCGGGAUCAGUUACACAUCCCUCAAUGCUGUAUUGUUCCUUGAAGACACCAACUGCAAACAGAUCCCAGAACCUCAAGAUGAUACCAAGGUUACCAACCGCAUCGGUGUAUCCAGUGACGUGAGUGAAACUGACCUACAGUUCAGUGAGAGAAUACAUGAUACUACAUACUCCGUGAUUUCUGCCCAGAGUAGGAACACUAAAUAUGAAGAUGACAAUGGCAUAACCCUAGAGGAGUCACCAUCUCUAUCUAGCAAGGACCAGUUCUGGGAGGUGCCCAAAGACCCCAUAAAGAAGCAAAGAAGGCAGAUUAGUCAGUUCUUUUACAGUUUAUUCUGUUGCCUCCCCACCCCGAAGAAAAGAGAGACAACCUCCAGGGCUGAAGAUCAUGCCUGGGUCUGUGAUUCUUAAGCCCUGGAUUUCCGUUCAGCCUGGUAUGGUCCACCAGCUACAGAAGGGAGCCAGGCCAGAACAGGAUAGAGCUUUGUACCGCAAGACCUGUUGUUACCUGUCAGACACCUACAGCCUGGGCACGAGCUCUCUACCCUCCUCUCCUCUCCCUGCAGUGUAGACUAUUGGCUGCCUACUUCUUAACUUACGGUGCCCCAGCACUGAGGCUGGACAGAGCGGUCGAUCACUUGUUAUGAAGAGACAGCUGUCCAGAUGCAGCGAACCUCGGGAGAGGAUUUUGUGUUUCCCAUGAUAGCUCAUCACCUAAUUUUGAUCCUUAUCAAUGACCAGAUGCAAUGAACUGCAUGUACUCGGUAACCCAUGAGAUAUGUCUCUUCAAAAGUAAGCAUGUGGCUUGAAUCUGCAAAGAAGACCGGGGAAACUACCCUCAGCUGCAUUUGUGGGACCGCCAUAGAACAUCAUCUCUCAGCUCCAUGGGGGAGCCUGCCCCACAAUGACCCGGUACUGUGGAUCCUGUGGAUUGGUUUCUUUCGUGGUGUUGUCACAUCAAGACUAUGAACCUGGAGCAGUGUUAUGCUCUCCGUAGUUGAAACAAGAUUCCUCAGGCCUCACAUGGAAAGUCCUUCAUUUUUAUUAAACGCUCACAUCAUUUUCUUUUA